CAACAUGCCAACUGCCAAGCAACUAGCUGACAUUGGCUACAAGACCUUCUCUACCUCCAUGAUGCUCCUCACUGUGUACGGGGGCUACCUGUGCAGUGCCCGGGCCUACCGUUAUUUCCAGCGGCGCAGCUCCCAGCGCCAGGCUGCAGAAGAACAGAAGACCUCAGGAGUCCUGUAGAACUGCAGGUUUUUCUCCUUGAGCAGAGAGGCCUGAGGCAUGCUGUGGAAUGAUCUCACCUGCAAUCAUUUCCAAGUCAAGAGAACUAGGGCCUUAAUGGUUUUCAAAUCCUGCUGAGAAAAAGUGCCCCUGUUUUCUCUGGUACUGCCAGUUUGGGGUGGCUGUGGAAUCACAACAGGAAUGGGAGGAUGAGGCACACCUGUGGACAUUAAAUAUUUUACCAUGUC